AUGGUCCUGGUUCCUUCACACAAUUACAUCAUUGACCACAACAAGCCUUCCACACCAAACUUCAGGGUGGUUUAUGUGCCAAAUCAUGGAGAGAUGUUUACAAACUUAAUGAAAGAAAUUGCAAAUACAGCUGUUAACAUCAUGCCCAAAUUUGUAGCAUACAAUCAGACUCUCAUGAAGAAUCUCAAGGAAACUAACUACAAUGUAAUGGUUGUAGAUCCUGUGAUUCCCUGUGGAGACCUGAUAGCUGGGUUGCUUGCAAUCCCCUUUGUGCACACACUAAGGACUUCUGUAGGUGGCACUUUGGAGAAACACUGUGGAAAACUUUCAGCUCCACUUUCCUAUUUGCCUGUUCCCAUGAUUAGACUAGGAGACAAGAUGGACUUUCUGGAAAGGUUAAAAAAUCUAAUGCUUUCCCUUUUCUUUGACUUCUGGCUCCAGCUAUAUGAUGUUCAGAUUUGGGAUCAGUUUUAUAGUGAAGCAUUAGGAAGAACCACUACAUUAUGUGAGAUUAUGGAGAAAGCUGAAAUUUGGCUAAUCAGAACAUAUUGGGAUUUUGAAUUUCCUCAUCCCUAUUGGGAUUCUGAAUUUCCUCACCCACUCUUACCACAUUUUGAGUUUGUUGGAGGACUCCACUGGAAACCUGCCAAACCCCUGCCAAUGGAAAUGGAAGAGUUUGUCCAGAGCUCUGGAGAAAAUGGCAGUGUAGUGUUUACUCUUGGGUCAAUGGUCAGUAACAUGAUUGAAGAAAAGGCCAAUGUGAUUGCAUCAGCCCUUGCCCAGAUUCCACAAAAGGUUCUGUGGAGAUUCGAUGGCAAGAAACCAGAUACCUUAGGACCCAAUACUCAGCUCUAUAAGUGGGUCCCGCAAAAUGACCUUCUUGGUCAUCCAAAAACCAAAGCUUUUAUAACUCAUGGUGGAACCAAUGGCAUCUAUGAAGCUAUCUACCACGGGAUCCCUAUGGUGGGCAUUCCUUUGUUUUGGGAUCAAUUCGAUAACAUCGCUCACAUGAAGUUCAAGGGGGCAGCAGUGAGUCUGGACUUUUUCAAAUUGACAAGCACAGAUCUACUUAACGCUUUGAAGACAGUCAUCAAUGACCCAUUCUAUAAGGAGAAUGCCAUGAAGUUAUCAAGAAUCCACCAUGACCAGCCCAUAAAGCCCCUGGACCGAGUGGUCUUCUGGAUCGAGUUUAUUAUGCACCACAAAGGAGCCAAGCACCUCAGGCCAGCUGCCCUUGACUUGACCUGGGCACAAUACUACUCUCUGGAUGUAACUGGAUUCCUGCUGGCCUGUGUGGCAAUUGUCACUUUCCUUAUUAAGUGUUGCUUGUUUGGCUAUAGAAAGUUUGUUAAGACAGUGAAGAGGGAAAAGAAGGAGUAG